UGAGUGAUAUCGUAAUUCGGUGCGUCCUAAUUCAGCUUGCUGUUUUUCUUUCUAAUUUAUGAAUAAAGUGAUAUACGUGGAGCCAUGGCGGACAAACUGACUCUUGAUAGACAGGCUAUGAAAGAUAGGUCUACAUCUCAUCUUCGCAUAUACGUUGGAGGAAUACCCGAAAAUGCAACAGUUGACGAUAUGUACGACCACUUCAUCCAGUAUGGGCAGAUUAACGGCAUUGUCGUGAAUCGGAACUUUGGUUUCGUUCAGUUCGAGACAGAGGCCAGCGCAAAGCAAGCUAUCGCUGGUGCUGAUGGGAGCAUCUUUAUGGGGAAGAAUAUUAAUGUUAGGACUGCUCAAACCAAUCCGGAUAAAGCAAGGCCUACUGAAGUAGUUAUAGUGGAACCUGAGAUUCCCCCAGCCGUGGCCCUCAAUGAUAACCUAGCAACGGACAAUGAUGGGGGAGAGGAGCCCUACGACAGCUACGGCAACUACAUAGGUGACCAGAGCCAUGAGGACGACUAUGAAGAAAAUAACUACAGCAACCAGAGUUGGGGAGAGAGCCGCGGCGGGCGCGGGCGGGGCGGGCCCGGGGCGCGGGGGCGCGGGCGGGGGCGGGGGCGCGGGCACGGCGCCCCGGCCGGGGCGCCCUACAGGGACCGGGAGGAGGAGAGGCCGAGAAGGGGUGGCGAGUGGGCCGAGCAGCGCGGGUUCUCGCGCGAGCGGUACGCGCCGCCGCCCGAGUACCCGCGGCCCGUGCCCGUAACCGAGCGCAACGACUGCGAGAUCAUCGUCGUCUCUAAAGCGCUCACUGAAUACGCGGAAUACAUCGAAGGUCGCCUGAAGCGUCUUGGCAUCGUCGUAGACCUAUUGUUCCCUAUGGAGGACGUGCCCAUAGGCAAGGUGCUUGGCAACAUAGCGUCGCGCGGCUGCCUGUACGCGAUCCUCGUGAUGCCGCAGAACCAGGAGAACCGCUCGCUCACGCUCACCAUACUGCACGGGUUGCCACAGGAACACCGCAACAUGCCGCUAGAGGACUCCCUGCAACUGCUAUCGCGCAACUUCCAGGAGGUGCAGCGUGGGGGGCCGAGCGGACGCGAGGCCGUUUACGCGCUGCUAGGGCAGCUGGCCGACGGACGGAGUUUAACAGUCAUGCAGUAUGAGAAGGUCAUCGAGUACUUACAGGAACGCAAAGAGCAACAGGUCAAGAUCGAGCUAGGCGAGCCCCUCGUGUCGGCGUCCAACAACAAGACGGAGACCGACCUGCAGCAGCGCAUCCUCAGCAUCCUCAACGACAAGGUGACGCCUGCCCCCGCCGCCCCCGCCCCCGCCCCCGCAUCCCCUCAGAACAAGCUGUUCAACGACCCUACGGUUAGGAAAGCGCUAGAUUCUAUCUUGCAGAAGUUUACGUAGAUUUA